AUGAGGAAGCUCAUGUUCUCCCCAAAGUCCAAGGCGAGCAAGCUGACACGCCACGACAAAGACGCCCCUAGCCCGCCAGGGACAGCAGAUUCCACCAUAUCCAGGCUGUCCAUCGAUGAGCCGUCCAAGUCGCCCAGACCAAGCUUCAGCUCUGCCUCCCACGUAACCACGAACUCGAGAAGCGCCGCCAACGACAGCCUGCCACCCCAGGAGUUGAAGCCCCCACACAGCUCCCCUUCCGACCGUCGCCCGUCCUCAGCCCUGGCUCCUGACGGCUCCAACGGCACCCCUCGGAGGAUGGCCUCGAUCCGGCCCGUCUCCAGCUUCGACGACGGCCCUACACCCCCAGCCGAAUCCUCUCUCGAGGCCUCGCCUUCGCUUUCCAACGGUCGCUCAAACUCGGUGCUCUCAAGCUCCCCCAACAGCAACGCCAGUGCAAUGUCUCCUACAAUGGAGAGGAGACAGCAUGACCAAAAUGGCACAUCAGACAGGAUACCAGCAGGCCGCCUCAGGCCCAAGAUAUCAGCACAGUACCUGGCCAAUGCCAGCCACGAUGGAAAUCGACGCGCCCCCUCUCCAAGAUCCGUCGACAUACCGCAGAGGGAGAGCAGCAUUGGAGGGCCGGAGCGGUCAGCAGCCAAGGCAAACGCGGAAGGACAAGACGAGGUUGGCUUUGACUCGGCAGUAGGCAAGGCCGCGCUGGGCAAGACGGGCCGUGUCAUGAACAAGCUUAUAUCCGAGAACGAGGCGCUGAAGCGAGACCUGCGAAUCGAGAAGCUCAACUCGGAGGAAUCGAGACGAGAGGCCAAACUGCUCCAGGACAAGAUGGAGAGGAUGGUCGCGGAUUAUGAGAGUCGUCUCCUAGAAUCCAACGUCACCAAGACCCUGCUAGCCAGGAAAGAGCGUCAGGUCGAGGGCCUGCAGGAAGUUAUAGAACUCGAGAAGAAACGGACGAGCGAUGCCCAGACCAAGGAACAAACCUGGAAAGGCGAGAUGGAGAAGAUGCGAGACGAGACGACCAGAAAGGUUGAGAACGCCACGACCCACGCGGCGCUGAUGGAGGGCCGGUACAACGCCAUCAGCAGCCACUGGAAGGAUCAAGGCGAGGAGGUCAAGCGUGCCACGACCAAGAUGGGCAAAGAGGUAGCCAGUCUGGUUGCCGAGAGGAAGAAGGAUGACGAGAAGAUCACGACCCUGAGGGAGCUUUGCGACCAGCAAGACGGAAACAUCAAGGACUUGCUACAGCAGAAGGAUACUCUCACGCGGCAAUUCGAAGCCUACAAGAAGGAGCAGGAGGCACUGUUACAAAAUAUCAAGACGAACGCAUCCAAGACAGAAGCAGACCAGGAACGCAUGCUGCAGGAGGCCAAGGAAACACUCGACAAGCUGAGAUGGGCGCUGAACAUCAAAGGAAACAUUAAAUGGGCCCAGUGA